AUGAGGGUUUUGUUGAAACCGAGACCGAGAGCGGCGGUUUUAAGGGAGUUUCGGCGGGUUUGGGACAGUGGAAACGGUUUUAGAAGUAGCGCUUUUGGGAAGGAAGCGUGGGAUCUGAGAGAGGGGAGGGUGGGGGAGAGAGUGGUGGUGAGGGCGAGCGAUGCCAUUUUCGGGAAGGGGCUGGGAUCUGCUGCGGCGGGUGCUCAGAGAAGCAGCAGCAGCGGAAGAAGCAUGUGUCGAAAAUGGAGGCGUUUGAGGAGGGAAGGGUAUUUAUGUAAAAGUGGAGGAGUAAUAUGGGCCGUUGGAUUUAAAUCCGACGGAGUGGAUUGGUGUUGGAAUAUAACGCUUUUUUUUCAAAACGGCGCUUUGGAAAUAUCGUCUGGAGUGGCUGGUAGUUGA